AUGAUCCAUCCGUUCCACCUCUCGCUCGCGCUGGCCGCGCUGAUUCUCCCGGCGCUGGCGACCGACUCCGAGCCAUACAUGAACCUCACUGGGAUAGCGUCGAUGGUCGCCAACGCCGAGUCGUACCUCAGCGGGACCGCGCCUGCUCCGGCGGCGCCGCCUACUCCGUCAGCGGCUGUCCCGCAGGCAUACGUCUCGCCCAUCCCGUGCGUGAGUGGAGUGUAUACGAGCCAAGCUGGAGAUAGCUGUGGAGGAUGGGGAUGUGGGGCGGUCAUGUCGACUCAGAUGCAGCCAAGCUAUCUUCCGGCGGUUACCGCAUGGGCGCAUACGUCGAUGGGAUGCGGAUACGGCCACGUCAAGGAUGCGGGCGGGUGGUGUAAGCCUGCAGACUGGUAUCCCGCUACCAUGGGCUGCUACGAGACUACGAUCAUUAAAAACACUGCGCCGGUCCAGACUUGCCAUGCGAGAACAGAGACUCUCGUACACACCAUAACGCAGCUUGCCCAGGUCACGGCCACUGCGACAGUCACCAGCCAAAUUACUCAGGCUGUGCCGACUACCAUCGUCUCCGCUCAGCUAUUGACGGAGACACAGCCAGUGACCAUCUCAACGGAACGGACCGUCAUUGAGACCGCCACAAGCACCAAAACGGUCACUGAGACCGCGACGAGCGUCGUCAACUCCAUAGUCACCUCGACUGCUACAGUUACGCAUACUGCGACGGUCGUCCAGCCUGUCGUGCAGACUGUGAUCAGCACCACCACCCAGGUUGUGCCUACCACGAUCAUAUCCACCGUCACCGCUACCAUCACGCAAACGUCUGUACAGACCGCCACCCAGGUCCAGCAAGUGACCGUAUCCAGCGUCCUUGUUGAGACUUUGACCAACACCCUCGAGCGGACAGUCACCGCUGCGACCACAGCUACGGAGAGACAGCUCGAGACCACCACGGCUACCGCCACUGCCACUGCCACAGCCACCGCGAUCAACACGGUCACCGCUACGGCCACGGAAAAUCAGGUACAGCUCGAGACUACCACCGCUACUGCAAUCACCACGGCUCUCGCUACGACCACAGCUACCGUCACCAGCACGGCGACAACGACCGAAGCUGCCGGUAGUGCGGUAGCGGGCGUUCCGUCCCUUCCUGAUCAGCUUGGCGCGUGCCAUGCGAGCUGUUCGGCCAAGUGGGGCCAUAUGUCGGCGGCGACGGUACCUGCCGCUGGAGCGCAUGCAUCCGCUGUGGCUGCGGGUGCACCGGCUGGAGGCGAGUACGGCUAUGGGGAGGCGCAGGGCGGGGGGUAUGGUCAGGGCGGGGGUUACGGAUACAAGAGGCGGAGGGGGAUGAAGAUGGGGGCACGAGGGCUGUAG